AAUGAGAUUGUGCACAUAAAAUCGGUGCCUGUCUGGAUUUUGACUUAUCACUUAAUCCUUUAAUAACUGACGAUAGACAGAAGCCGAAGCCUUUCAUAAAUCAGGGCGAGUAUAUUUAGGUUCACCAACAGUUGAAAAACAGUCUUGAAUGCGACUUCACUGCGAGGUGUUUGUAUAAUCACGAUGGUGACUAUUGUGGAGCUGCUGAGUCUGCUGCUGGUGGCAGUGCUGUGGGGCUGCACCAACCCAUUCCUGAAGAAGGGCACAGAGGGGAUAGAAAAUGUUUCAAAGACCAGCAGAGUCUCGCAGCUACUUGCUGAGGUCAAGUUUCUUCUCCUCAAUCUCAAGUACCUCAUCCCAUUUCUGCUGAACCAGAGUGGCUCUCUGGUCUACUAUUACACCCUUUCCACCACAGAGUUAUCGCUUGCUGUUCCUGUGGCCAACACUCUCACCUUCCUUUGCACUCUGCUCACUGGCAAGUUACUUGGUGAAGAGUUUGGAGGCAAACAGGCUGUUGCAGGAAUGCUCCUCACCAUGGUUGGCAUCACUUUGUGUGUUAUAAGCUCUAUGGAGGAUCCUGGCAAGCAGAAUAUGAAUCAGACUGUGCGCUAAUGGUAACCUGUCUCGAUCAUGAAGAUCAGGGAUAUACCUUCCAGUCAGCUGUGAACGUGAAAGUACAGAAGUGCAAAGCAGAGCUGGCGCUGCACUGAGGAGGGGGGGGGGGCAAUUUAGAUUCAGGCAGCGACUCCUUAGAGCAACAGUUCUGGUGGGAGAGUUGUGCCUAAAUGAACUCAGCGUAAGCUUCAAAAGACCUGCCCAGAAACUCAUCCCAAAUUGGAGGAGAAGUGGGUUCACGUAGGGUUCAGCCCCAGAGCGACACCAGAUUUAUGGAGCUAACAUAGAAAUCGGUGGUUGUUAACUUUGACUUUUUAGCAAUGAGCUUCCCCACCAUGUGACUGGCAUCUGCAUAAACGCUAUAGAGACUACAUACAAAUAAAGCUGGGGUUUGAAAUGGGCCAAUUAAAUGUCAGCCCCUGGUUUAACAGGACAGGAGCAUUUUACUGCGACUGGCUUUUUCUCAGCAACGGUGUGUGGGAAAGCAGGACACAGGAGAGGACAAAUUUCUCUUAAGCUUGAGGAUAACAUCGUUUUUUUCACAAUUCUCUUCUCUUUCUUCUCCCUUGUUGCCUUGUAUACAUGAUGUAUUACUAAAUUAGACACACUACAGUUAAUUUGUUUAAAAAGAUUAAUAAGGACCUAGUUGCUUUAAAAUCCAGUGACCUCGUUGUAGGUUCUUUAAACAUGUGGACAAGUUAUGAAGUAUUCAGGAAUAUGUCUAAUACAUAGUAAUAUAUAUUUUUAUUGUCACAGUAUUUAAUUGAACCAAGACAUUGUUCUUGCAUUGUUGUGAUCUAUUAUUGUGAAUACAUUUAGUGUGGAAAUGUCCCAAA